CACGUCAGCAAUCGCCAACACAGCCCACUCCCAUCCCCGCACCGCCCAAGGAGCCUCCCAAAAUCCGGUUUUCAGCUGCGGCGGCCGCUGCUUCCCGCCGGCGACGAACUAAUGGUGGAUGCUGGUCUUUGCUUUUGCUGGAUGCCAUGACAGGUUCCCACUCCGGGAGGAGUUCGCCGACAGCCUAGAACACCCAGAUCCGGUCCCUCUCGCUGUGCUGCGGACGGGAGAAGCCAGCGCUGUUGUGCUGGAGGAGUCAAACGCAGGAUCUAAUAAGGGCAACAAGUUGGGUGUCGCCGGCCGGAGGAGUCGCAGGGCGGCAUGCGCCGGUGGCGUGAGGCAUGCUCGGUCUUCCCAGUCGUCCGACAGGUUCAACCCCAAGGCGCCCGAUUGGACAAAAAGGUUGCGUCUCCGCAGUGCACCACCCGACAGGAUGCCGUGCCCCUCUAGGAUGAGUGCACAAGAGGUGUCGAUUCGCAAAUACGUGGAGGAGCCAACACAAAGUGUUAUUACACCAGAACUAGGAAUUAGUUUCGACUCACUUGGCGAUGGAUAUGAUUUCUACACCUUGUAUUCGUGAGAGAUCGGCUUGGGAGUUAGGUAUGGAAAGAACAGGAUGAAUGCCGAGAGGACCAAAUCAGUGCGGGAGAUAGUUUGCGGAUGUUGAUUGUGUACUAAGAAAAUGGACUUCAAAUUUGUUACCAGCAGAUCAGCUGAUUUGCAAGUUUCAUGCUAUACUGAGAAGCAACUAUAUGUAACAUGCAUGUAUAUCUGUUUGUUAGAUAGUUGUUGAUUGGAAAGAAUCCACUGGAAUAGAGCAUUUCCUUUUCGCGUCCUACAGUCUCUUUGAGAUAAUUGCAUCACCGAAGAUGUAUUUAGUGGUUUUCUCAUGUAAUGCG